UUGUGUCAAAUUCAUAAUCUAAACUUCAUAAUUUGCGCCAAAAAUGUUAAACCUAAUUUCUAUGUCCUAACAUAAAUGUUAUUAUUAUUAUAAAUAACUUUUAAUUCUGAUUUGUUUUGAAUCAUUUUCAAGAAAAAGAAAAAUAUAAAAUAUGUCCAAACGUAACAGUGUAGGUAGUGCAAAUACACUUUUUAAUUAUUUCUCCAAGACUCCACCAGCAAACAAAAAGAUUAAACCUGGCGUCGAAACUGAAAGCAGUCCAAAAGUAGAUACAAUUGUGAAAGACACAAAACAUGAGAAUAAAAAGCGUGAGAGACAACCAACAGUGUCACCAAAAGUACAAAAACAAAAUUCAGAGGACAGUGAUGACGAUAUCCCUUUGGGUGCUAAAAAGAGGAAGAGGAUCCGCCUGAAUCCUGUAGAUUCAGAGGACUCUGAUACUGAAAAUAAAGUAGAUAAUAAAAUAGAUGCUCCAACUGAGAAGGUAUCACUUGGGAAAAAACUACAUGACAGUUUUAUGUAUGAACCAAAUGAUUCUCCGAAAACCAACACGCAAAAGAAAGCCAUUAAUAAUGGAAUUGCAAACACAUCAACUAAAUCGUCUGAACCACAAGAUAAAUUUGUAUCAGCUGAUGAAGGCAAUUGGGUUCAUUGUAAGUUGGAUUGGCUUAAACCAGAAAAAAUUCGCGAUGCACAAAAGCGGAGGCCAGACCAUCCCGACUACGAUCCUUGCACUCUGUAUGUGCCACCAGACUUUUACAAUAGUCAGACGCCUGCUCAUCGUCAGUGGUGGGAAAUGAAAUCGUCACACUUUGAUUGUGUGCUAUUUUUUAAAGUGGGUAAAUUCUAUGAACUUUACCAUAUGGAUGCUACUGUUGGGGUGAAUGAACUUGGAUUCUCAUAUAUGAAGGGUGAUUUUGCUCAUUCUGGAUUCCCUGAGAGCGCAUACGCGAGAAUGGCGUCUACGUUAGUGUUAAAAGGAUAUAAAGUGGCGCGGGUGGAGCAAACGGAAACACCUGAUAUGAUGCAGGAGAGGUGUAGACAAACGGGUAAAAACAGCAAAUGGGACAAAGUGGUUCGGCGCGAGAUUUGUCAAGUGACACUGCGUGGGACACAAGUGUGCGGACUACAGGACCCGGGCCCGGCUGAGUCUGGCGCCGCUUACAUGAUAGGCAUUGCUGAGGAGGAAAGUAACAACAUCAGUACUUACGGCGUGUGUUUCGUGGACACCUCAAUCGGAUUGUUUCACCUCGGCCAGUUCAAAGACGACAAGCACUCUUCCAGACUUCUUACUACUAUAGCACACUAUCCACCGGCAUUGAUUGUAUACGAUCGUAAAACUACUACGCCUCGCACCAGCAAACUCCUCACUUCACACUGCCACAGUGCUCGUAGAGAGCCCAAAGCUUUAUGGCAGCCAGAGAAAACUUUAAAGAUACUGGCCGAAAAGUAUUACAGAACAAAUGCAGACGGAGACUGGCCAGAAGGAUUUAAGAUGUUUCUACAUGAAGAUGAUGCCCUGGGUCUCACUCCAGCUUUUGACUAUUACUUAGCAAUCAAAGCGCUCGGUGGUUGUGUGUCAUAUUUGAUGGAUUGUUUGCUAGACAUACAAAUAUUGGGCAUGUCUCAGUUCACAUCAUAUAUACCUCCCGAUGUACUAAAUGAGACUUUAUCACAAGAGAAUAAAGGUGAAAAUCGAUGGGAAGGCGGUAGUACGAUGGUUCUGGAUUCUAUAACAUUGAGGAACUUGAGGAUUGUACAAGAUACGGGAUGCCUGUACGACAAGUUGAACUUUUGUUCAACACCUAUGGGGAAAAGAUGGUUGUAUCAAUGGGUGUGUGCACCUAGUAGCAACAUAGUGGUUAUAAAAGAGAGACAAGAAGCUGUGAAAGAGUUGUUCGAAGAUCAAGAACUGUGUCAGGAUGCUAAAAACAUUUUAACUACUUUUCCUGACUUGGAGAGACUUUUGGCAAAAGUACACGCUCUCGGGAAUUUAAAGAAAUCGAAAUACCAUCCGGAUUCAAGGGCCAUAUUGUACGAAGAGAAAACAUAUUCGAAACGUAAAGUUCUCGACUUCAUAUCUGUUCUGAAUGGGUUUACAGCGGCUUUAAAUGUAAUAGAGUUGUUCGCCAAUGUUGACUCUGUAUUGUUAAAGAGGAUAACACAAUUCAGACCUGAUGGAAAAUUCCCUGACUACAGAGAAACUUUAAAGUUUUUUAAGGAAGCAUUCAACCAAAAGGAAGCUGAGAAAGAAGGUCGUAUAGAGCCAGAACAGGGAGUUGAUCAGGAAUACGAUAGCACUCUGAGAGCCAUAAAAGAUAUACAAGAGGAAUUGAAAGAUUAUCUCGCCGAACAGGAGAAGUACUUCAAAUGCAGAUUGUCAUAUGUGGGAAGCGAUAAGAAGAGGUAUCAGAUUGAAGUGCCACAGAAUGCCGCUUCUAAAGCUGGACCCGAUUAUCACUUAGAAGGUGCACGCAAGGGUUUCAAGAGAUACUCUACAGAGAAAACAAAGGAUCUCCUAGCUCGGAUGAUAGCCGCUGAAGAACAAAAGACCAAUGUGCUGAAGGAUUUGAGCCGUCGGAUAUUCGAGAAAUUCUCAUCACACUACGACGAAUGGGAGGCAGCGGUGCAGUGCUUGUCCACCCUGGACAUUUUGCUCGCUUUUACGGAAUUCGCUCGCCAGCAGACCGGCGAUGUGUGUUUGCCUGAAGUUACAUUCAACGCCGACAAGAAGCCAUACAUAAACAUAGUGGAAGGCCGUCACCCGUGCAUACCGAUCGUGAACGAAUUCAUUCCCAACGACACCAAGUUGGGCGAAGAGGGCACCCUGCUGCUGCUAACUGGGCCCAACAUGGGCGGCAAGUCCACACUUAUGCGGCAGGUGGCGCUGCUCACCGUACUAGCGCAUUUGGGCAGCUAUGUGCCAGCGCAGGAGUGCAGUCUCAGCGUGGUGGACCGUAUCUUCACCCGUCUGGGCGCGUCCGACGACAUACUCUCGGGACAGUCUACCUUCCUUGUCGAGAUGAACGAAACGGCAGCUAUAUUGAAACACGCGACUGUGCACUCAUUAGUUUUACUUGAUGAAUUAGGUCGCGGAACGUCGACUUACGAUGGCGCAGCGCUGGCAGCGGCGACUGCGGUCGAACUAGCGCAGCGGGGAUGUAGGACGGUGUUCUCCACGCACUACCACGCCCUCGUGCGGACGCUAAGCCUCCAGCCUGCCGUUAUACUUGGACAUAUGGCAUGUAUGGUGGAAACUGAUGAAUCAACUCCGGAUAGCGAGGACCAGAUCCCAGAGGAGACUAUCACAUUCCUCUAUAAACUUACCCCAGGAGCGUGCCCCAAAUCUUAUGGAUUCAACGCGGCCCGACUGGCCGGUAUACCCAAGGAAAUCACCAGACGGGGACACGAUAUAUCCAUAAAAUUGGAGAAAGAGGCAACCUGUGUACGUGCAUUCAGAAAUGUUAUGAAAUUAAACGAUCCAAAACACCUUAGAGAGCUUUUGGCAACAUUGAGUAUUUAAAUAUAUAAUUGAUUGUUCAGUGUAAUUAUAAAUUAUAUUUUGUAUGUGUCACGUGUUGGUUGUUGCCACUUCUGCUGCCGUUUUUUGAAAUAAUAAAUUAUUACGUACAUACUAAUGACUGACUUGACGUUAGCAGAAUUUUAAAAACAGAAGAUAAUAAAACCGAAGUUGUAAAUUGUUUUAAAGGUAUACUUGUAUAUUAAUUUUUCUAUUAAAAAAGUGAUUUAUAAACGAUUAUAAAGUGUUACUUACAUUUUAUAGUUUGUCUAUAUGAACAAGCAAAGCUGAUUGUUUUCUGGUGAAUAGAAAAAUUACAAACAUACGAAAUUGCCAUAGUUCGAAUCUUGUCCGAUUUAGGUUUAGGAAGGUUAAAUUUUUCAGUCUAAUGUAAAUUAAAAUUAAGAUAUAAUAGAAUUAAAAUUCCCAAUUACAGGGUUAGUAUUUAAAAUAUUUUCCGAAAUAAAUUGUCAACUUUUAACUUUAAAGCUUCUAAGUAAUAAAUGAUGUACCACCAUACAACAACUAAAAACUACGCGUUGUAAUAUUGACCGGUGACAGAUUAUUAAAAUUAUAGCAUGUAUAAACAAUCUUGGACCUAAAAAUUAUAAAGUAUAUAACAAAUUGGCAUUUUAAAAGAAAACAUUAUAAUAGUUAUAGCGAAAUAGAUAAGCUGGGCGCUCAUGUUUUUGUAUUUAUUCUAUUUUCGUGAAAUUAUGCUUUUUUCAACUUCAAUCCCAUAUAAAUUCAGAAAUAUCACAUGCACAAGUUUACAAAAUCACACACAUGUAUAACAAGUAGUUAUACAUCUCGUUUUUGAGGUUAAAUUACCAAUUUAUCAGUGGUACAAUCAGUGAUUAAUAGGUACGUUAUACUACGUCAAUAUCUUGGGCAUAUACAGAGCACCAUUUAAUCCAAAACUGAGCAACUGUACUAGACAACCGAUAAAAAUAUUUAAACAAUUUGUUCGUAAAUAUAUAGCAUAUUACACAUAGAAAACUCCCACAGCAAUACAAACAGACAUACUGAUUAAAUGUUUGUGUUGUAUGGAAAACAAACUGAUUCCAAUAUAAAGUGUUAAAUUGAAAAAACUAAAUUAACAUACUAAACUAAAUGAGUUUUGUAAAAUAUUUCAUUAUGAGAAAGAAUUAUGAUUAUUAGAUUGACUUCGAUUCUACUAAACAUUCAAUACUUCAUUUACAAAGAAAUUGCCUAAAUAUGAAAUGUUAUCCGCACCGUGCUACAUCGCGCAGCGUAUAGGUUUUAGGGCCUAAUUUAAUGGAAAUAUUAUUGAUAAUAAUUUUUUUUUUUGACAUUUGGAAUGAUAUUAUUAGUGUUAUAAAUAAACCUGUACCAUUUUUUAUUCUCUGUUUAGAUUCUCGUUUAUCCAUCUAUUCAACUAGGUUAAAAGUUAAAUAGGAAUUAAGUUUUUAUUAUACACAAAUUACCUACUAGUAUUGUAUAGCGAGCUAUAACAUCUCUUUGAUUAGUUUAUGAACUUAAUACCAGUGGGGUAAAUACAUAUAAGUAAAUAUAGUAAAUAGUAAAAGUUGUUGUUAAGAAAAGGUAAAGUAUUCUCAAUAGGUCCGUCAUGAGUAAGUAUAUGAGCAGUAUUUGUGCUUCGCACAGAAUGUCUACUAUGUGUAAAUACAUAAAACUCAAUUUUAAAACUAUUGUUCCUUCAAUAUUGGGAACCUUUCUCGUUGUGAUUGUUUGUGAUUUGAUGUGAUUUCAUUGUAUAACUAAGGUCCUAUUAGAUAUUAUCGUAUGCAUAUGCAGUGUUAUAUACACAAUUACAAUGCAGUAAAUAUGUUGUAAAUCCUGUACUGUGACGUAUUGUUACCGUUUAUAAAUAAAGUUCAUCGUUGUUUAUUUUUAUUAUUAUAAUCCGUCAGAUUAUCUGUGAUUUUUAGUCGAUCGAGAUUUAAUGUUUAAUGUACCCACCAAUUUAUUGAUUUAUUAAAUACAUACAUAAUAAAA